AUGGUCCCCACCGGCUUUCUCAAAAACUUACACCCCAUCGUUUUCGAUGCCGCUGUUGUUGACGCUUGCAGAGGCGGGGCGACGUUCGAGAGCCUUAACCCAGCGACGGAGGAAUUGAUCUGCUCCUGCGCCAACGCGCAGGCGGAGGACGUGGACAAGGCCGUUGCCGCCGCUCGCGCAUGUUUCGAAGGUCCCAACUGGGGGUUUAAGAGCACCGGGGCACAGCGGGCCGCCUGCCUGCGGGCCAUGGGCAAAGCCAUCGAGGACGACAAAGAUGCAUUCGCCCGGCUCGAGUCGGAGGACUGCGGCAAGCCCAUCAAGGAGUCUGUCGACGACAUGGAUCAAGCUGUAGAGGCCUUGAGGUUUUACGCAGACUUGGCGGAAAAUCUCGGCGCGGAGGAACCGGAGGAGAUCGCGGUACCGGACGACAGCUUCAGGACGCGGGUGGUGCGCGAGCCGAUCGGGGUGAUCGGGGCUAUUACCCCGUGGAAUUACCCGCUGCUCAUGGCGGUGCAGAAGGUGGCGCCCGCUCUCGCCGCCGGCUGCACCGUCGUCCUGAAACCCUCCGAGCUUGCCCCGCUUACGUGCGCCCGGAUGGCCACUCUCGCGGAGGCGGCGGGGCUGCCGGCCGGCGCCUUGAACGUGCUCACGGGGGAAGGGUCUCCCGCGGGAGCAUCGCUGUCGGCCCACCGCGGAGUGGACAAGGUGUCCUUCACGGGGUCAGUGCCGACGGGCCAGAAAGUAAUGGCUGCCGCGGCGGGAGGUCCGGCGGGCGUCCAUCUGGAGCUGGGGGGCAAGGGCGCCAUGAUUGUGUUCGAUGACAUCGAAGACAUCGACGCAACCGUGGACUGGAUCUGCAUGGGAAUUUUCUUCAACUCCGGCCAGGUCUGCAGCGCCACGUCGCGCCUGCUGCUGCACAGCAAGAUUCACGACAAGGUAGUGGCCAAGAUUCUGGAGCGUGCGGCGAGCGUCACGGUCGGAGGUCCCCUGCGUGCUGACGACAAGGGGGCGGAGGGGGCUUGCAUGGGGCCGCUGGUCAGCGGUCCCCAGAGGGACAAGGUUCUGGGGUUCAUAUCUAGGGCUGUGGACGCCGGGGCCAAGGUUCUCUGCGGGGGGGGUCCCCCCCCCGACGCCGACGCCGCCUCCACCGAUCGAAAGCCGGGAAAGGGCUACUACGUGUCCCCUACCGUGUUGACGGGCGUGAAGGAGACGGACGAGGCUUGGACCGCGGAGAUCUUCGGGCCGGUGCUUUGCGUCCGGCAGUUCGAGGAGGAGGACGAGGCGUUGGCGGCAGCAAACAAUUCGGAGUUCGGCCUUGCUGCCUCGGUUAUGAGCGCCGACAAGGACAGGUGCGAGCGCGUGGCCCGUGCGCUCCGAGUCGGAAUCGUGUGGCAGAACUGCUCCCAGCCCGCCUUCAUCCAGGCCCCGUGGGGCGGCUACAAGAAGAGCGGCUUCGGCAGGGAGCUGGGACGGUGGGGCCUCGAGGCCUUCCUGGGCGUGAAGCAGAUCACCUCUUGCGCAGGGAGCUUCAGCUACGAGUGGUACGGGAAGUAAACCCUGGGCGGGCAUGCAUAUUCGGUCGAUGAUGAUUUCGAUUCAUGUUUGUUUGGGCUGGCUCGAUGAUGCUUCUGCAGGAAAGCGCAGAGAUGCAAGUAGUUUCAGCCAAAUUGUGGCUUCGGUAGGGGGGGGAAUGGACGCUACAUGUGACAGGUGAGAGGUUUUCCGCUGUGAUUGGAAGGAGAUGGUACGAUGCAAAGAAUGCUGCGUGGCGUUUUGCCUGUUGGUUCGCUGAAGAAGAUGAUAGUCGUUAUGUACAGGGGACAUGGAAGACACCGCCAGCUAAAUAGUAGUCUGAUCUUGUACCAUGUCUAAUGGUGCGGAUUUUUGUCAUGGCUGUGGCGGGUACACUUAGAAUUGGUUGAUAGCCGUUGGGGGUGGUGGGUGGA